ACUUACAGCAUUGCACCAGAGUUGGAAAGUUACAGAUUAAAGUCCAUAAGAAGAGAUUUGUACAGGGAAGCGUGUCGAAAUGUUUGUCCAGGAGCAGUCAUGUUCUUCCGCUGUCUCCUGCUGGUUCUCGUCUGCCUUCAGGAUUUCACAGUAGCUGAGAAUGCAGGUGAACAAGGACCAUGCUGUUUCAGUUUCCAGACACAUCGAAUCCCUGUAAGACUCAUUACAGAGUAUAAAGAAACAGAUCAGCACUGUUCAAAACCUGGAGUCAUUUUUACCCUAAAGGACGGCCGUCAGAUAUGUGCAAACCCCGAUGUCGAGUGGGUGCAGAACAUCAUGAAUAAAAUUGACCAGCGCCUGAUUUUACAAGACUGAUCCAAAAUCAAACGAGUGUUUAAAUCCUCUCUCCAUUAAUAAGAUUUUUUUUUUCACAAAUUAUGUAUAAUAAUUAAAUGAGAUUUCACUUUUGAUGUAUUUAUACAGGAGGAAUAAAACUUUUUACUAUAUUUCUAUUUAAACAAACUUUUGCUUGAAUUAGUCUAGCAUUGAUUAACUGAAUUAAACUUUAGGCUGUGGGGAUUAAUUAAUUUUAUUUUUAUACAUAUUAAAGGACAUUUUAAAUUUGCAUAUUAUGUUUUAAAACAAAACAAUGUACUCUAAAGUACGGUCAUCUUGUGUGUGUGCAGACUCCGGGGUUGACUGAGUGAAAAACAGAAUGAAAUCAGUUGAUCAGCGUCUGUUUAAAAGCUCAAUUAUCACUGAUUAAAUCUUUUCUCCAACCUAAUUAUUGGAUGAAACAGUAACAGAAUAAAGCUUUUUCUUAUAAAUCAUCUUUAAACAUGACGAAUUGCUUGAAUGCUGUAUUCAAUAUGCUGUAGUUAAAGUUCAGUUUAAUAUUCAUUAUUUCCUUUUUUUGUUUAAAUAAAACCGCAUAUUAAUAUAAA